GGCAAAAGCCUGUAGUCUUCCUACAGCAUGCUUUUCUAGGAGAUGCUACCCACUGGAUUUCUAACCUGCCCAACAACAGCUUGGGCUUCCUCCUCGCAGAUGCUGGCUAUGAUGUCUGGAUGGGAAACAGCCGAGGGAACACAUGGUCUUUAAAACACAAGACCCUUAAUCCCAGCGAGAAAGCGUUCUGGCAGUUCAGCUUUGAUGAAAUGGGUAAAUACGAUAUUCCAGCAGAGCUGUACUUCAUCAUGAAUAAAACCGGACAGAAGGAUGUGUAUUAUGUUGGUCACUCUGAAGGCACAACAACAGGCUUCAUAGCAUUUUCUACAUACCCUGAGCUGGCUAAACGGGUGAAAAUGUUCGGUGCUCUGGGCCCAGUAACCACAUGCUCACAUGCUACAAGCCCUCUGAUUAAGAUAACAAAUGUUCCUGAAUCACUGCUCAGGUUAAUACUUGGCUACAAAGGAGCCAUGCACCAAAUUGGAUUUCUGAAAGGACCUGUGACACAGUUAUGUACAAGCCUGGAUAAGUUUUGUGGCCACGUACUCUGUAACAUAGCUGGAGGCGACAUAAAAAAUCUGAACACG